UCGAAAUUUCCCACCGCUUCUUCAAUGCCACUCCCAUCAUCAUUUCACUUUGAAGUAUCAAAUACACCUUUUGUCCGUGAACCGGAUUCGAAUCCUGAAGCGGAAUCUCGCCCUUCUUCUUCUUCCGCACUACUGAGGCGCUCCGUAUCUUUUAAGCUUUCUGAAACCGAAACACAGAAAUCAAAGUUACAGGAAAAUCCACCGCAUCCUGCAUCACCGGUUUCAAUCUCUGCAGCCGGAGACACGUCGGUUGAAGAGGAUACAGACGAAGCAAAUGAGGAAACAAGCAGUAAUAAUAUUCCACAGCAGAAUAGCGAAGCUAAAUCAGGUUCAUGUUGGAGGAGCAUGUCGGCUUUCAAACCGAUAUUAGUUCUGGAAAAUAGCGGGAGCGUUGCGAGAGAUCAUCUAGCUUUAGAGAGAACAUUUCUGGCAUACGUGAGGACAAGCUUAGCCAUAGCAUCAACGGGUGUUGCUCUCGUUCAACUUUUCACUGUUUCUUCAAAUUCCACAAGCAAUAUCCAGUCAUAUGCGCAGCCUCUAGGAAGUACGAGUGUCUGUCUUGGUAUAGUAGUGCUUCUCAUCGGGCUCAUACGAUACUUUACCGUUCAAACUGCCCUUACCCAAGGGAAAUUCCCUGUUUCUCGACUGAUGAUAGGCGGAAUUGUUCUAAUUCUGCUUGCGAUCGUCACUACGGUAUUCGUGGUUCUUAUUGCUGGACGCCGGUGAUUCAUCUGUUCUUGCACUUUGACCACUCUUAUUUCUAUAGAUCCUGAUAGGCUAGAGGAGACCGUGUCCUGCUCAACUUGAAAAUACUCUAUGUGGCAGCGUUCAAGCAUGUCUCUCUAGUCACGGUCGUGCGUUGAAUGCGGACUUUCCAUGGAUUUGCAUGUAGUACCUAUACGUAGGGACCGCAGUUAUGAAGUCAUACACUUUCAGGCGUAAGAGAAAUCAUGUUCCGCAGGGAGCCUAUGUAUUCAAGAAUAAGCAAGUAGUAAAGAAUAAGUAUGUGUAUAUGCAGGCAAACCGAGAGGACCUGGAUAUCAGUGCUUUGAAGUGGUUCCCGUGAUCUAUAUGCAUGAGUCAUACAUUUUUACAAUCACUUGUUCAACUUCUC